AUGUCGUACAUCGUGCCAAUUCAUCGCGCGAGCAGCAUUCGCCAUGCUUUGAAGCUGCGUUUUAUGAACCCCGAGAACGAGUGCCUGGUUGUUGCAAAAGCGAACCAACUCGAAUUCUACGCCGUGACGCCGGAUGGCCUCGCCCUCGUUACAUCAUGCUCUAUAUACGCUAGGGUGACGAUGCUGGCGUGCCUCCCCGCACCGGCGGACUCGCCGACAGACCACCUUUUCGUCGGCACGGAUCGCUACUCGUAUUUUACACUCUCGUGGGAUAGCGCAAAUAACCAGGUUCAUACGGAGAGGAACUAUGUCGAUAUCGCCGACCCGUCGUCCCGCGAGGCACAAACAGGGAGCCGGUGCAUGAUUGACCCUAGUGGUCGGUUCAUGACGCUGGAGGUAUAUGAUGGCAUGAUUGUGGUUAUACCGAUUGUGCAAUUGCCUGGGAAGAAGAGAGGGCGACCGGUUGCGAUGCCUAGUGGCCCUGAUGCACCGCGGGUUGGGGAGCUGGCUGAGCCGAUAAUUACGAGGAUCGAUGAGCUGUUUGUUCGCUCGUCUGCUUUCCUGCAUGUUCAGGCUGGAUCUCCGCGACUGGCGCUUCUGUAUGAGGACAACCAGAAGAAGGUUAAGCUUAAGGUUCGGGAGUUGAAACACACCUCUGGGGCAGGUGCCGAAUCGGAGUUUACGCACUUUGCGGAUUAUACGCAGGAGUUGGACCUUGGGGCAUCCCAUCUUAUACCUGUUCCUGCUCCUUUAGGUGGCCUCCUUAUUCUGGGCGAGACGUCGAUUAAAUACGUCGACGCUGAUAAUAAUGAAAUCGUAUCGCAACAUUUGGAGGAAGCUACAAUCUUCGUGGCUUGGGAACAGGUCGACAGCCAGAGGUGGUUGCUAGCGGAUGACUAUGGGAGGCUAUUUUUCUUGAUGCUUGUCCUUGAUGGCUCGGAGGUGGAACGCUGGGAAUUACACAGCCUCGGAAACAUCCCUCGAGCAUCUGUCCUGGUGUAUCUUGGAGGUGGUAUGGUUUUUGUAGGAUCACACCAAGGCGACUCCCAAGUUCUGCGUAUCAGCGAUCAAUCGUUUGAAGUGAUCCAGACCUUGUCCAACAUUGCGCCUAUUUUAGACUUCACGAUAAUGGAUCUCGGAAACCGCACGAGUGAAAGUCAGACGCAUGAAUUUUCGACCGGCCAGGCUCGGAUUGUGACUGGCUCCGGGGCGUUCGAUGACGGAACUCUGAGAAGUGUACGCAGCGGUGUUGGAAUGGAGGAGUUGGGUGUCUUGGGGGAUAUGGAGCAUAUUACAGACUUAUGGGGCUUGCAGGAUGAGUCGAGCGGUGACUUUUUGGAUACGCUGCUUGUCACAUUUGUGGAUGAGACGAGAGUCUUCCGUUUUAGUGCCGAUGGGGAGGUAGAAGAGCUGGAAAGCUUCCUUGGGUUGAGUCUUUCGGAGAACACGCUGCUUGCGGCAAAUCUACCUGGCGGCCGGAUACUGCAAGUCACGGAACGGAGAGUCCUCAUUGCAGAUAUCGAGGGUGGAAUGACGGUCUACGAGUGGGAGCCACAGGGGCAGCUCAUCAUCACCGCGGCUUCUGCCAACGAUGACACCAUAGUUCUGGUUGUGGGUGGCGAGCUUGUGACCGUGCUGGAUAUCCAGUCAGAGCCUCAAGUCAGAACGGAAAAGAAAUUCGGCGCAGAUAAUCAGGUUUCGGGUGUUACAGUGCCGUCGUCUCCCACUGAUGUUUGCAUACUGGGAUUUCCUCAACUGGCGAAGGUCUCGGUUCUCAAGCUGCAGGACUUGGCCGACAUCAGUACGACGUCGCUGGGGCCUGCCGGUGAGGCCUUCCCACGCUCUGUCCUUGUCGCCAGGGUAUUGGCGGAUAACCCACCGACCCUCUUCAUUUCGAUGGCCGAUGGAAGCGUUAUAACGUACAAUUAUAACCCCGAGGACCAUACCCUUACUUCAAUGAACAAGCUUAUCCUUGGUUCUGAACAGCCGACUUUCAAGAGGCUUCCCAGAGAAAACGGACUGUACAAUGUAUUUGCUACAUGUGAAAACCCUAGUCUGAUAUAUGGAUCCGAAGGCCGCAUCAUCUACUCUGCCGUGAACUCGGAAGGGGCAUCGCGGAUAUGCCAUUUCCACUCAGAAGCUUACCCAGAGUCAAUUGCCGUGGCUACAGCCGAGGAACUCAAGAUUGGCCUGGUCGAUAAGGAAAGGACCACACAGAUCCAGACGCUCCCUAUCAAAGCCACCGUCAGACGUGUCGCAUACUCUCCUUCAGAGAAGGCAUUUGGUAUGGGCACGAUUGAGCGCAAGUUGGUCGGGGGGGAAGAGAUCGUAAAGAGCCAGUUCGUACUUGCUGAUGAAAUCCUAUUCAGACGGCUGGAUGCCUUUGAGUUUCAGAAAGAUGAGAUCGUGGAAAGUGUGAUUCGUGCCGAAGCCACGGGUAACAAUGACGGCGAACCAAUGGACCGGUUUAUUGUUGGGAGCGCGUACCUGAGCGACGAGGGUGGCUUUGAGCCGCCCAAGGGACACAUUCGCGUCUUUGAAGUCGACAACGGUAGAAAGCUCGCCAUGGUCCAAGAGACAAAAGUGAAAGGAGCAUGCCGUGCGUUGGCAAUGAUGGGCGAUAAAAUCGUGGCUGCGCUUGUUAAGACUGUUGUUGUAUACCGGUUGGCCCACAAAUCUGGCAGACUGCAACUUGAGAGACUCGCCAACUACAGGACCUCCACAGCACCCGUGGACAUCACUGUGACCGGAAACGUGAUUGCCAUCUCCGAUCUCAUGAAGAGUGUUUGCAUCGUUGAGUUUGAGGAAGGUAAAGACGGCCUCCCUGGCAAGCUAACAGAGGUGGCUCGUCACUUCCAGACUGUCUGGAGCACCGGCGUUACCUCCAUCGCAGAAGACACAUAUCUCGAAAGCGACGCAGAAGGUAACUUGAUCGUCCUCCGCCGCAACCGCUCAGGCGUCGAGGAAGAAGACCGCCGCCGAUUAGAGGUCACGGGCGAGAUCUCCCUCGGCGAAAUGGUCAACCGCAUCCGCCCCGUCAAUAUCCAAAGUAGUGCAACAGUUGUCCCGAGGGCUUUCCUGGGAACGGUCGAAGGCUCAAUCUACCUCUACGGGGUAAUAAACCCAGAAUACCAAGACUUCCUGAUGCGCUUCCAAGCCACAAUGGCAAGCCGCGUCGACUCUCUCGGCGGUAUCCCCUUCAACGAGUUCCGGGCACUCCGGACCAUGACCCGACAAGCUAGUGAGCCGUUCCGGUUUGUCGACGGAGAUCUGAUCGAACGGUUCUUGGUCUGUGAGCCUGCCGUGCAGAAGGAGAUUGUUGACAUUGUGGGUAAGGAUGUGGAAGAGGUGAAGCUGUUGGUUGAAGCUUUGAGGAGGAUGCACUAG